CGCAGAACAUCCCCUGUACCGAAGAGGUUGCUGGGAGGCAACAUUUUAAAAUAAACCCGCUUUUGUGCUGUCGUUAGGAAGAGUCUCCUGAGGGCUGUCAUUGAUGGAGCAGGCGCUGAUUCAGGGCACUGAUUCUGGAAGAAAAGCUAUGGGCCAUGGUACGAACUUCAUUAACACUGCACAUCUUUCAAGAGUCCGCUUAUCCCUCAAGAGAGGCAAUCUGUUUGGUCACUCUCCAGCUAAGAGGAGACUUUUGCAAACACCUCUUUUGCAGGAAAAUGCUGAGACUCAGAUAGACUUACUUCUCCGCAAACAGUUGACCUUGUACAGCGUCACUCCCCUAUUCAAGUUUUCUUACGACCGACUGCAGGAAUAUUCCAGACAGCUGUGUUUUGUUAUUGCUGCUGAAAAGCAGAAAGGGCUUGCUGUUCACACUGAACGUGACCUUAAAUUCAAAGUGACAUUCACCUUGAUUUCAGGGUUGAAAGCCUCAGAACUGGACCAGGCAGGUGUCCUCAUUCAGGUUACAGCUGAAAAUGCAGGACCCAAAGUGGUGUGGAUGGGCUGUUUCUGCAGUAUUGGUGGAGGUGACAUGCUAGACGCAGCUGUGGAGAAUUUUACUUGCUUCCCCUUGUUCCUCGCAAACGGGUCAGAAAGUCUCUCCGCCAUCAUUGGAACGUGGCUGCAGAAGACUUUUGACUGUUCUUUCAGUCUGUUGACCAUCAGCCCUCUCAACCUUGCUUGGAUGGCUGCAAUGUGGACUGGGUACAUGACAGAGCAUCACAAAGGAGCAGUGGAGCUGACUUUCUCUGUUCCUGGCACUUCUCAGCCUCUAGAUAUUUCCUAUGCAAUCCAUGCUGAAGAUGCAAAAGCUCUUUGGGAUUCAAUCCAUACCACUCAACAAGAGGUCCGACAAGAACAGGUGGACUUAUUCAUGGAUGGCCUUUGCUGUCAUUUUUAUAGACAUUUCAAGAUCUAUUUGUCAGCCACAAGACUGGUAAAAGUCUCUACACCCAUAGCCUCCGCCCAUACGGCUGGGAAAAUAAAGAUUCUUCAGCCCAGAUAUCUGCUGGAAAUCCUGGCAUUGAUGACAGAACUGGCCAUUUCAAAAAUAUUGUGAUGGACGUCCAUUGUUAACUGCCCAGUGUGGAGAUGGCUUGUUCCUUGAGGCUUGUUGCUUUUUAUUAUUGAUGCAGCACAAAAUAUGGAUUCCAGUCAAAUCUACUCUAUAUACAGUGAAAAGAAUCACAUCUGUAUAGCUUAAUUCAGACUUAGUAUGGAGUUAUCAUAACCAGGUUGACUAUACUGCUCAUUGUAUAAAAAAAACCCAUGUACCUUUCAAGUCACACACAUUAUUGUGUGCCUGUUUGUAUUUUGAAUUCCUUUCUGCAGUUGCCAUAGUCAUAUGGAGCUUUAAUUACAGCUUCUGUUACAUAAAAGAAACACGGCUCUACUGUCAGGUUUCUGUUGUGAAGCUAGAGGACUGAUAAUUAGCUCUUCAAACUUCUAUUAUAGCAGUUGGCUAUGCCCAACUACAUUCAACUAGUAUUGGUGGCCAAUAAGGUCUGUUUUAACCUCAUUAAUGCUUGGUUUUUUGGGUGAGAAAUCUAGACAUCACAUCAACUAACCAGUGUGUCUUGUCUAGGUGAGACAAGAGUGCCACUUUAUUUGACUAAUUGGCCCAUCUUGAGUGCGGGGGGGGGGGGGCAAAUUUGCUGUUGGGAGUGGCAUGGUGCCGUGCCAGCGGACUUGCCCCAGCUGAGAGGCACAGCCACCAUGGCCCUCCCCAGUAGUGGGACACGACGCUGAACACCAUGUCAGUGUCCCUCCACCUCUGCCGCCACAAUGGGGGUGGUCUGGGGACACGAUCAGGCGAGGAGCCUACACUAGCUGGUUCCCAUCCAGCCAUCGCCCCUGUUGCACCGAUGGCCAGGGCUUUGGACAUACACCACCUUUUUGGUGUUGUAAGUCCAUUAAGCCCAAUGGGGUAAUUCUGGCAACAGGGAGAUUUUUCAUGUUUGUCGCCUUCUCAUGCCAUUGGGGAAACCAUUGUGAUUUGGUGGGCCAGUGUGGGUGACCACUGCAACUGGGUGACCAGCCUGUUGAAAUGGGGCUGUAUGUUUGGGGAAAGGCUGGUGUAAUCUAGUCUCAGAAUUCUAAAACUAAGAGUAGCACAUGUGUGUAAUGUAUAUUAAUUACAGAUUAUAUGUAUUAUA